CCAUGUCACCCUCCCCGGCGAGAGGACAGAGAAGAUGCAGCCGGCCCGUCCUCCUGCCAGCCCAGGUCUCCAUCCCAACAUGCACAGACUCCUUCUGGCUCUGCUCUGCAGCUCCACCUGCUUCCAAGGGACAGACUCUUCAGCGCACCGGCUGCCCAACAUCUCCUCUCCUCUCCUGUGCAGCCCCUCGUUUGGACAAAAGUUUUCCGUCCUAUGCCAGGGACACUCUGCUCACCCGAGCAGCAGCCUCGUCUACUGGCUGGCCAACGAGACUUUUGUGGAUGACCUGUACCCAGACGGAGCCGUGACCCAGAGGAGCACCAGGGAGAGCCUCAAGUGCGCUGGGCGCCUGCUCCUGCAGCGGAAGCUGAUCUUCCGUGCCUUCUCAGAGAAGGACUUGCAAACGCGCUUUCAGUGCACCAUCCUGGAUCCGGCCGGCGCAGUCCGGAAGGCGAUCACCUGGCAGAUGAAGAGUAAAAAAGGAGCGCCAGGAGACUGUUGAGCAGAGCCCGGCUGGGCUGGGGUGCCACCAGGAGCAGCCGCCGCUAAGUAACAAAUGAACCUUCCAAGGUCCACGAAGGGCAUUCUCAACCACCACCGGGACCACCACCAUUCCUCCCUGGGGGCCUCCGCUUUCUUCAGUCUUGCAAGCAGCCUCCACUCUCCUCCUGAUCAAAUUUGGGAGCAAACGUUGCCUCUCCAGGAAGGAGGGAAACAGAGGAUUGUCCUGGUGGGGAAACAAUUUCAGGAGAUGCCAGCCCUAUGGUUGUAAACUCCACACCAGGCUUCAAACACCAUGCAAAGCUAUUUCAAAUAAAUCUGCUUAUGCCCCUACUUGGAAAAACA